AUGUCUGAGAGACCAAGAGCUCCUAGAUCAGGUUUUUGGUUCCGGGCCCCUCCACUACUUCGGUGGGCACCUCCGCUCCUCACGGUGCCACACAGUGACCUCUUCCAGGCCUUGCUGGACAUCCUGGACUAUUAUGAUGCCUGCAUCUCAAAGAGUCAGAAAAGGGGGUGGAAAUACCGCUACCAAGAUGAAGACACGCCCCCUCUGGAGCACAGCCCGGCCCACCUCCCCAACCAGGCCAAUUCUCCCCCUGUGAUUGUCAACACAGACACCCUAGAAGCCCCUGGAUAUGUGAACGGGACCGAGGGGGAGAUGGAAUACGAGGAGAUCACAUUGGAAAGGGGUAACUCAGGUCUGGGCUUCAGCAUCGCAGGUGGCACUGACAACCCCCACAUCGGUGAUGACCCAUCCAUUUUUAUCACCAAGAUCAUUCCUGGCGGGGCUGCAGCCCAGGAUGGCCGCCUCAGGGUCAAUGACAGCAUCCUGUUUGUAAAUGAAGUGGAUGUGCGGGAGGUGACCCACUCAGCAGCAGUGGAGGCCCUCAAAGAGGCAGGUUCCAUCGUUCGCCUUUAUGUCAUGCGCCGGAAGCCCCCGGCUGAGAAGAUCAUGGAGAUCAAGCUCAUCAAGGGGCCUAAAGGUCUUGGCUUCAGCAUUGCAGGGGGUGUAGGGAACCAGCACAUCCCUGGAGAUAAUAGCAUCUAUGUAACGAAGAUCAUCGAAGGGGGCGCUGCCCACAAGGACGGGAGGUUGCAGAUUGGGGACAAGAUCCUGGCGGUUAACAGUGUGGGGCUGGAGGACGUCAUGCAUGAGGAUGCCGUGGCAGCCCUGAAAAACACAUACGAUGUUGUCUACCUAAAAGUGGCCAAGCCCAGCAAUGCCUACCUGAGUGACAGCUACGCUCCCCCAGACAUCACAACCUCGUAUUCCCAGCACCUGGACAAUGAGAUCAGUCACAGCAGCUACCUGGGCACCGACUACCCCACAGCCAUGACCCCCACUUCCCCUCGGCGCUACUCCCCAGUGGCCAAGGACCUGCUAGGGGAGGAGGACAUUCCCCGAGAACCAAGGCGGAUUGUGAUCCACCGGGGCUCCACGGGCCUGGGAUUCAACAUUGUGGGUGGCGAGGACGGCGAAGGCAUCUUCAUCUCCUUUAUCCUGGCUGGGGGCCCUGCCGACCUCAGUGGGGAGCUACGGAAGGGGGACCAGAUCCUCUCGGUGAAUGGUGUUGACCUCCGCAGUGCCAGCCAUGAGCAGGCUGCCAUUGCCUUGAAGAAUGCAGGUCAGGCGGUCACCAUCAUUGCUCAGUAUAAGCCAGAAGAGUACAGCCGCUUCGAAGCCAAGAUCCACGACCUUCGGGAACAACUCAUGAAUAGCAGUCUAGGCUCAGGGACAGCCUCCCUGCGGAGCAACCCCAAAAGGGGUUUCUAUAUCAGGGCCCUGUUCGAUUAUGACAAGACCAAGGACUGCGGCUUCCUGAGCCAAGCCCUGAGCUUCCACUUUGGGGAUGUGCUGCAUGUGAUUGAUGCUAGUGAUGAGGAGUGGUGGCAGGCGCGACGUGUCCACUCUGACAGUGAGACAGACGACAUUGGCUUUAUUCCCAGCAAACGGCGGGUUGAGCGACGGGAGUGGUCCAGGUUAAAGGCCAAGGACUGGGGCUCCAGCUCUGGAUCCCAGGGUCGAGAAGACUCGGUUCUGAGCUACGAGACGGUGACGCAGAUGGAAGUGCACUAUGCGCGCCCCAUCAUCAUCCUCGGGCCCACCAAGGACCGUGCAAAUGACGACCUUCUCUCCGAGUUCCCUGACAAGUUUGGAUCUUGUGUUCCCCAUACCACACGGCCCAAGCGGGAGUAUGAGAUAGAUGGCCGGGACUACCACUUUGUGUCAUCCCGGGAGAAAAUGGAGAAGGAUAUUCAGGCACAUAAGUUCAUCGAGGCCGGCCAGUACAACAGCCACCUGUAUGGGACCAGCGUCCAGUCUGUUCGAGAGGUGGCAGAGCAGGGGAAGCACUGCAUCCUUGAUGUCUCAGCCAAUGCCGUGCGGCGGCUGCAGGCGGCCCACCUGCACCCUAUCGCCAUCUUCAUCCGCCCACGCUCCCUGGAGAAUGUACUAGAGAUUAACAAGAGGAUCACAGAGGAGCAAGCCCGCAAAGCCUUCGACAGAGCCACCAAGCUGGAGCAGGAAUUCACAGAGUGCUUCUCAGCCAUCGUGGAGGGUGACAGCUUUGAGGAGAUUUACCACAAGGUGAAGCGUGUCAUCGAGGACCUCUCAGGCCCCUACAUCUGGGUUCCAGCCCGAGAGAGACUCUGAUCCUGCUUGACUUGGCCUGGACUCGCCUGCCUCUGCUGCCCAGGCCCCUGCUCUGGACUGAAUUGCCCAAGCCCUUCGUGCCCCCAGCCUCCCUCCCACCCUUCUUAUUUAUUUCCUUUCU